AUGGAUUUUAACGUUUCUUUUUUCACCGGGUUAGGUUGUGGUAUUUGUAUUGGUAUUUCUUUAUUAGCUUUAAAAAAGUAUUUCGGAGUUUUCACUGAAGCUGGGAAUGCAUUGAAAAAGUUCUCAUCAAAGCAAGAAUAUAAAUUAGUAUUAGUAGUCAGAACAGACCUCAACAUGGGCAAGGGUAAAAUUGCAGCUCAGUGUAGUCAUGCCGCUGUUGGGGCAUUUGAAAAAGCCCAGAAAUCAGACCCUGAAGGUUUACAGAAAUGGCAGUACACUGGACAGGCAAAAGUUGCACUCAAGACUGACUCUUUAGAGGAAAUUAAACAAAUUAAGGAUAAUGCAAAGAAAAUGGGUCUUAUAACAUCCUUGAUUAGAGACGCUGGCAGAACACAGAUUGCUCCUAACUCUAUUACUGUGCUUGGUAUUGGGCCGGCACCCAAAGAUGUGAUCGAUAAAGUGACUGGACAUUUGAAAUUGUUGUGA